CUGUGCUCCGUGAUGUUUCAGCAUAUAGUUGUACUUAAUGACUUCCGUGUUUGAAUUAGGCUGCCUGUAACUUUAUAUUGCUAAUAUACUGUUACUGUGCUGUAAACUGUAUAUAAUUGGGUGACUGGAUGCAAUCUGCUGUGAGAAAAUAGAGUCGUAUUCCUUUUAACUUGGACAUUACUAUCUCUAGGUAAACACUGAAUUUGUGCUAUUAACAUGAUACUUUGGCUUCUGAUCUUUGUACCUAGGAGAAAGAGAGAGAGCCAGGUAUAAAAUACAUCAUUUCUGCUGACUAAGGUUAGCAGCAAAGGACAAGAAGGAGAAAGACGAUGUCUGCUGAAACUACCAAAGAGGAAAACCAGACUUCUCCACCUGUGCAAGUUGGAUGGCCCAUGUUCUAUUGUCCCAUCUCACAAGUUCACAGUGAUGGAGAGAUUGCAAGGAUCCGCAAAGAAUGCAAAAAGGAAAGUUUCUGGUACAGAGCUCUUCCUUUGUCUCUUGGGAGCAUGCUUGUCACCCAGGGACUAGUCUCGAAAGGCAUUUUGUCAGCAAACCCAAAACUUGGAGCAUUACCUAAGAUGGCAAUUGCUGGUGUCUUAGGCUUUGGCAUAGGAAAGAUGUCAUACAUAGGAGAAUGCCAAAAAAAGUUCCAGAAAAUUGGUUAUGGUCCGAAAAAAACAAGGCAUUGCCAUCACACUUGCAAAGAAUGUGAAGCGAAACUGAAAUCAAAGGAGAAAGAAGGCUCAAUUCCUUCAGCAUCUUAGUCCCAGAUCUGGUGAAGAUAACAAGAAUUCUACAGAUCAGCCUCUUCUUUCAAGUCUUUAUUUUGCAGAAAAGACAUAAUGCCUUUAGUUUAGUGUAAAUCACCUUACCUGAAGUAGCUCCAUAAUCUUAGCAUGAUUCUGUCCAUAGUAAAAAACAGUUUCUCGUAAUGUACUUUUUAGCUUCUCCUCUCCGUUCUCAGCAUGUGCUUUUUUUUUUUUUUCCUCCCUUCAAUGCAGUUUAGCACUUAGUGCUGAAAUAGUAGAGUUGAGAAAGAAACCUGAGGGUACGUUCUGUAUACAAACAGCAGGACAUACAAAAUUUCAUGAUGUAUCUCAGCAAAUCAAGAGCAGACGCUUCCUCAAACACAGUGACGGUGUUGACUUGAAAACCAAAAGCACAGCUUCUGAAAGGCUGGCUUCACGGUCAGUCGGUAAAGCCUGUCUUCUGUGGUUUUGGUUGGUGGGUUUUUGUUCUACACUGUGCCUACAGUUUGUGUUCCCUCUUGAACUACCUGAACACAAAAAGACUCUGCAAGCAGGAAGUACAGAAUGUAGAAGUAGAAAGUAACUAUUAAUUGGUUACAACGAACAAAAGAUAUUCCAGAUUUAACAAGCUGUUAGACUGACUGCUCGCCACCUUGAUAAAGGCAAACUCUCAGAGGUCGUUCCUGUGGUCACCGUUACCUCCUGGGGGCUACUGGAUGGGUGAAGACAGCUUCGCUACUUAAUCGUUGCUUUACAUGUAACUUUGUUCAGGUUCCCUAUUACUUUGCUGUAAUAAAUUUACUGUUAUACA